UCGCGCAAGAGGUCAUCGCGAGAGAGAGAGAGAGAGAGAGAGAGAGAGAGAGAUGGCGAGCUCGAUGUAUGAAAGGGCGAUCGAGGAGAUGCGGGACGUGGUUGGGGAAGAUCCGACGGACACAGAGCUGAUGCACUGCCUGCAUCUGGCGAAGCUAGACGUGUACAAGGCGAUCAAUAAUUACUUCGAUAUGCCAAAGAGUAGCAGCUUCAUGUACAGCGCCGGAAGGAGGCAAGCAAGCGGAGGUAGUCAAUAUCGUCCCUCGCUUUCGCCAUCGCCACAGAAGUACGAUUACCUGCCCUCGCGUGCGUUAGUCUCUCCAACGCGACCGGUCAGCUUGUCGUCGCCUGGGAGAGAAAGCGGGCCGUCUGCCCAGAAGGCGCUGGUUUCUCCUCCUCGAUCCGGGGGGGCCUAUGGUGGCGGCGCCAAUGGCGUGGCAGAUCGACGGAUAGGCAGCGGUCUUGACCUUCCGCGAUCGCCGGGAUACGAAGGAGCCGUACGAUCUUCAUCAGUCGGGACACUAGCGGAUCUGACGGCAGCGCACCGUGCAGCAGCUCUCACGGGCAAGACGGGAGAGAUAAGUGGGCCAGCGGUAAGACCAGCAGCAAGAGGAGGACGAGAAGGAGGAAUAGGGUUGGGCUCAAGCGUGAAGGAACCGAUAGUCGUUUCCUCCUCCCCUUCUUCCCCGAAACGGAAAGUUCCGAAAUUGCCGUAUGACGAAGAUCCUGAUGAAUGGCUAUUUUUCCGCGAAACCAUCUUGUGUGGGUAUUCUCUUUGUCGCGGCUCUAAGCUGGAGGGUGGAGAGGCGCUGACUUUCUCUUUUCCAAAGAACUGGACGCCCGCCAGUCAAGGAGGCUCGCAGGAUUGGCGAAGAGGACGGCCGGCAUUUCGCUCUGGGCAGAACGUGGAGAUCGUGCGGUUUUCGACACAUCGAGCAGGAGAGGUUGGGAGACUGCCGGCUGAGUGGGCCAAGUGCUUGGUUCCUCUGGUGGGCUCGAAAAUGGUCUUGGUGGAGGGAUCUUGCGUCUCCGCGCCACCUUACCUUUCAAUCAUGGACAACAUCAACAUUACUCUUAGGAUCUUUGUGAAGAAAGCGUUAUUCAAAAAUUCUGCAGUGCCCAUGGGCAAUGCAACAGCUGCUCUCAGCGACACCACAACUGGAAAUCCGUUUUCAUCACUGAUGAAGUUGUUGAAUUUGAGCCCAGUACAGAAGGCAGAGUUCACACCAGAAGACUUCUAUAGUAGGAAAAGGUCACUUGCGUUGGAUUUGGCAACUCCAGGACAGGGGUCAGCCGGCAAGAGACCUUGUGGGAUUGUUACAGGUACAGCAUGGUUGAGUAUGGAGAACCAGAGAAAGAAAGAAGGGGGAAGCGUUGCGAGUGAUGGAGAAGACGGUGCAGGGCCACUCAGUGAUUCUGACGUCAGUCAGAUAUGUGGCGUCACAGGCUACACUGAGCUUAAGGAAGCCGAGCCACCAGCUACUGUGUUAUGUGAAUUGCGUCCUUAUCAGAAAGAAGCUUUGUGGUGGAUGACCAACCUGGAAGGCGGUAGCAUUGUAGAAGAAACGGCGAAGACUUUGCAUCCAUGCUGGGAGUCACAUCGCCUUGCAGACGAAGGAGGAACCUUGUUUUAUCACAAUGUAUUCUCGGGUGAUGUAACAUUGGAGUUCCCAAGCGCUCUGCAGAAGGCUAGAGGAGGGAUUCUUGCAGAUGCUAUGGGAUUGGGCAAGACUGUCAUGACAAUUGCGCUUCUCAUGACGAACAUAGGCCGUGGUGGGGGGGCUGCAAAGAAGGUCAUAGAGAGGGCUUGCGUAAGCAAUGGUGAGUCAGGCGAGUGCAUAGAAGGCGGGCGCACUACCCAUGGUAAGGCUGCGAAGGACAAGACAUCUGGUGAAUUAGGUGGGUGCAUAGAAGGGGGACAUGCUACCUGUAGUAAGGCUGUGAAGGACGAGAGAUCUGGUGACUUAGGUGAGUGCAUAGAAGGGGGACACACUGCCCGUGGUGAGACUGCAAAGGACAAAAUCUCUGGUGAGUUAGGUGAGUGCAUAGAAGGCGGACACACUACCCGUAGUAAGGCUGCGAAGGACAAUAUCUCCGGUGAGUUAGGUUUGUGCAUAGAAGGCGGACACACUACCCGUGGUGAGUUAGGUGAAUGCGUAGACGGCGGACUCAUCGCCCGUGGUGGGGCUGCGGAAAACAAAAAAUCUGGUGAGUCAGGUGAGUGCAUAGAAGGCGAACAGACUACUCGUAGUAAGGCUGCGAAGAACAAGAGAUCUGGUACAGGCAGCAAUGGCUAUGUUGCCAUCGAGAAUGGAAAUAGUGCUGUGCCUGCGACUCAACAAGAGGAUGGCAGGGUCGACGGGGACAAUGUGGACCUUGUUGAGGAUCGAGUGCAGCAGACACGGGCAGCGUGUACGACCAAUGGGAGUCAAGGGCAGAAGGACACUGAAGCUGGGGAUGAAAUUGUGGCAACUGAUGCUGCGGGCAAGGACGGUGAUGGGGCAUCAGCUGACAUCAACGGGCCUGAAGAUGUAAUGAUAAAACGGAAGAAGAAAGCCAGAAAGGGUGGAGGGACGCUGAUAGUCUGUCCUAUGACGCUUCUCAGCCAAUGGAAGGCAGAGUGCGAAACACAUGUGCAAGAAGGUGCUGUGUCAGUCUAUGCGCACUAUGGUUCAGAUCGAGCAAGGGAAUGCAGUGCUCUCUUGGAUUACGACAUUGUGAUCACAACCUACGGUGUUUUAGCAGCAGAGGCAAACAGAGAGAACUUCUUAGAGGAGGGCUCUCUUCAUUCUGUUCAUUGGUAUCGGGUGGUUCUUGAUGAAGCGCACAUGAUAAAGAACUGGAAGUCGCAAUCAGCAAAGGCUGUGUUUCAUCUCACCUCCGAUCGACGCUGGUGCCUGACGGGCACUCCUAUACAGAACCAACUGGACGACAUUUUUAGCCUGCUCCAUUUUCUCCGAGUCGAGCCCUGGAGCAACUGGGGUUGGUUUUUCAAGCUUAUUCAGAAACCGUAUGAGGACGGUGAUGAGAGGAGUUUGAAGCUCUUACAGGCCAUUCUGAAGCCCCUAAUGCUGCGGCGUACGAAGGAAACUACUGACAGGCUGGGACGACCAAUAUUGGUGCUUCCCCCAAGCCAUACUAAAGUCAUUGAAUGCGAAUUGACAGAUGCUGAGCGCGAUUUCUAUGACGCCCUGUACAAAAAGUCGAAGGUGAAGUUUGACACUUUUGUGCAGCAAGGGAGGGUGCUGCAUAACUAUGCUUCCAUCCUGGAACUGCUGUUGAGACUGCGUCAGUGCUGUGACCACCCCUUCUUGGUGCUGAGCCGAGGUGAUACUUCUGAGUAUUCUGACCUUGAUAAAUUGGCCGCGAGGUUUCUGUCUCGAGGCACAGUGGCAAGGAAGGGUGGAAGCCAGGGUGACGAUGGCCUGGGACCUGAAGGAAGGAGUUUGCCCGUGCUAACGAAGGGGUAUGUUGAAAAUGUUGUGAAUGAUCUCAAGAAGGGUGAAAAGGUGGAGUGCCCAAUUUGCUUGGAAGCAGCGGAGGAUGCUGUGUUAACACCCUGUGCACACUGUCUAUGCCGGGAGUGUCUCCUUGCAUCAUGGAGAACCACAGGUGGAGGUUCAUGUCCAGUCUGCAGGCAGCCGAUGACUAAACAGGACUUGAUCACGGCACCUACAGAAAGCAGGUUUCGGAUCGAUGUUGAGAAGUCUUGGCAGGAAUCAGCGAAGGUUACUGCUCUCUUCAAUGAGCUGGAUCCCCUCAGGCAAACUGGAGCAAAGAGCAUUGUAUUUAGUCAGUGGACAGCAUUUCUUGAUCUGCUGGAAAUCCCGCUUAAAAGGAAAAAAUUCUCCUUCGUUCGGCUGGAUGGUUCAUUGUCACAGCACAACAGAGAAAAAGCAAUCAGGGAUUUCAGCACAAACCCUGACGUUACUGUUAUGUUGAUAUCCCUUAAAGCUGGAGGCGUGGGAAUCAAUCUUACAGCAGCUUCAAAUGCGUUCCUUCUGGAUCCCUGGUGGAACCCAGCUGUUGAAGAGCAAGCAAUCAUGCGCAUUCAUCGUAUAGGGCAAAAGAAUGCUGUCAAUAUUCGACGGUUUAUUGUAAAGGGCACAGUGGAGGAGAGGAUGCAGCAAGUGCAAGCAAGGAAACAGCGACUUGUGAAUGGUGCGUUAACCGACCAGGAGGUACGAUCGGCCAGGAUUGAGGAAUUGAAGAUGCUCUUCAGGUAGUUCAAUAAUAACCGGUGAUUUCACGUGACUGAUUUCUGGUCUGGGAUCUUGUAGAAAAGAGCCUGAGAGCUUGUCAGAUGAUAUGUGUAGGCCCUGUUUCUGCUGGCAAAUGCGCAAUCAUUUCAAGGCAAGGAUGGACUGCAGGAAGGCGGAAGGAUAUGUCCAAGUCAGCAUGUCAAGUUGCCAGCCCUCGUAAGUUCAGAUCGCAUGCGAUUGCCUGUGGAUGUGCAGGAGUUGAAAGCAACUUUUCCAGAAAUGAGAAUCAGGUGUUUGUUGUUUUAACACCAAGGCAGCGGACAGUAUUUUACAGGCGUAAGUUUCCGCCAGGUGUUCUCCAGCUGCCUUGUGUUCAGAUGUUCGUGUCGUGUCGCUGCUCGCCAGCAGUUGGAAAUUGUUUUAGGGUAUCAUGGGAGAGUUCCUUUGGAUUUGGUUUUGUAUUCUAGGGAUUGUGGGAUCACGAGGAGAGAGAGAGAGAGAGAGAGAGAGAGAGAGAAGUUUGCUUUGAAUGUCAGUUGCACGCUAUGGACAUUUUUUGUUCAGGUUCACCAUGAAGGGGACCGGUCAGAGAACUGCCACUGGAAUAAUCAGCCAUUAUAUUUCUGUUGCGUGAAGCCAUGACGGCGUGCUCUCGAAUCUGUGGUAGGAAAACAGGUAGGCGAGGUGGAUGCGUCGUUGUUUAUAAUAAGUAUGUGGAGAGAGAGAGAGAGAGAGAGAGAGAGAGAGAGAGAGAGAGAGAGAGAGAGAGAGAGAGAGAGAGAGGUGGUGCCAGGUGCUCAAUGAUUGCAAUUAUCUAAAACUUUGUUGAUAAAAUGCCCUCUCAGUG